AUGAAUUGCUUCAAAGCCAGGCGGGAUUCCUGGCGCUCCUUUGUGACCGAUAUCGGAAACAGGGAACCGUGGGGACCCGUUUACACCUGGCUCAAAACCGGAGGCUUAAGACCUUCUCAGAAUCUUCCAGUGCCAAUCAGCCGGGCGAACGGCACUUUCACCGACUCUCUAGAAGAGACCGGGAUAAGACUCAUUGAAACCCUGGUCCCGGGAGAUACGUCCGACGGUGAGAGUCCCGAACAGACAGCCACCAGAGCGGAAACGGGCGUGAAAGUCGGGCACUUCGGCCCGGAGACGGGCGAGGACGAACCAGCUAAUCUGUGCGAUGUCGAGGAGGUAAAAAGAGCCAUUUGGCGAAUGGAUCCGAAGAAGUCGCCGGGAGCCGACGGCAUUACGACAAGGAUUCUCUGCCAGGCAUGGCCAGUCCUGGCCGAACACAUCACGAAUUUGUUCAAUAUUUGUCUUAAAUCCAAAAAGUUUCCAAGCGCCUGGAAACUGGCCCGGCUGGUUGUGAUUCUGAAAUCUCCUGGCAAAGACCGGGCGGAGGCCAAGUCCUACCGGCCGAUAAGCCUACUCCCGAUGGUGUCGAAAGCGCUCGAACACAUAAUAAUAGACAGGAUUCGAGCGGACACGGAUCCGUACAUGUCUCAAAGACAGUUCGGAUUCACGAAAAACCUCUCGACAGUCGACGUGAUGCACCACGCGCUGAACUGGACAAAAAGCAGGCAAGAAAAAUACGUAUUUGCAGUCUUCUUGGACAUUUCGGGCGCCUUUGACUGUCUAUGGUGGGCCCAGCUAGUUGCGGACAUGCGUAGUGCUGGCUGUCGCAGCGGGCUGGUUGAGCUGACGAAAAGCUAUCUGGACGGCCGCCGAACUGAUUUGAACGGGCGACCAGACAGUGGCCAAAACCAUUACUAA